AUGCACCGCCAGACCGGCUGCAAAGCGCAUACACCGGCGGUACAAUUUUGGCGUCUUUGUCGACAACGUUUCGGUCCAUGGCUGUCACAAGGGCGGAGUAUUUCGAGCAUGGGGCCGCCAUCAUGCACCGUAAAACGCUGUAGCAGGACAAAAUGUGGCGCGCGAGUAGUUUUCGGGCAUCGUCGAUGCCCACCACAAAGAGGGAAAAGGCCCUGCCAUGAUAAGAAGAGAAAUUGGAAACAAGAAACGUGUUGCAGAGGGGGCUCACCGCAGUAA